CCGAGCUUUGCGCCGAUUUCACCAGACUUACGAUUCCGCGAGCUGAGAUCUGACUCGGCGGGCAUUCUCUUGUUCCUACUAUAAAUCAUAUCGCCACCGCGAUCUCGCAGAAUUGGGACUACUGGCGCUCCGCAUCGCAGGUCCGCAACCGCUUCUUCACGAGCGUUCACUGAGCCACAAUGGCACGCAAAUCGGACAAGACCGCUGUGGUGGAGACUGAGGAUGUUCGCAUGAGCAGGUCGCCGUCGCCUGAGUCGGAAAGCGGAUCAGAGUCAGAAGUUUCGAACUCAGAGGUCGAGUCGAGCAGCGAAAGCGGCAGCGAAAGUGGCAGCGACGAAGAGUCUUCUAGCGAGCAGCCCCCGAAGAAAGUUUCAUUUGCAGCCCCCAAACCGUACAAAGCACCCUUCGGCUUCAAGACCCUGAAGCAACAAGCUCCCCCCAAAUCCAGCGUCUCUUCCCUUCUGUCCGACCUCCGCGGCAAGCAGGUCCUCCACAUCACCGCGCCUGAUUACCUUCCCCUCUCCAAGAUCGAAGAGGUCUCCUUGGCCAAGAUCAUGCGGGGCACCCCGGUCUUGAAACACAAGGGCGUGCAAUAUGGAAUCCCCAUUGAGAGCCUCAGGCAGCCCGAGUUGAACGGAAAGGCGCUUCAUCUAUACGAUCCCAAAACCAAGACAUACUACAGCACCACGGCUACCGACAUCCCCACUUAUCACAUCCAGGAGCUGAUCGAUAUGCCUGAUGUCUCCGCCGAAAACAGUGUGCUGGAAGCAGUGAAGGGGCAGGUCAAGCCCCCGAGAAAACAACCGAAGAACUUGAAGAUGCGUUUCCGACCUGUAGGAAGCGGCGCGGCCCCACCUGAGACGAUCGGUUCCAGUUCGGAGGAGUCGGAGGGAGAGCAGCCUACGUUCAAGGUGCCGAGGGGAGUGGAGGUAGAGCGGGAGGAGCGGAAGCGGAAGAACCGCCCUACUGAGGGGGAUAAUGAAACGCAGGUCGGUGCGACGCCUCGCAAGAAGUCGAAGAAGGAGGCCGCCGAAGCGGAGGAGAAGAAGAAAAAGAGCAGCAAACCCCGAGACGAUAAGAAGAGGAAGAAGGCCGAGAAGGCGUGAAGGGGUUCGACCGGGAAUUAUUUCUUACUUCGUCUUGUUAUUUCAACAAAAGUUGGCAUUGUUCGAUGGGGGUAGCUAUGCUCUACUCCAGGCGCGAGAUGUUUGUGGUGAGCCAGCCGGAUAUCACUUUUCAACGCAAGUUGCAUGUGUUUGUACAUAAGUCCAUAGUUCGAUCCACGCCCAG